GGGCAACGACUUUCAUUAAGACAAUGCAAUUCAAUUUCACACUCAACAAAUCAUUAAAUGUCACCCAAAUCCGUCUGUGCAGUUAAACACAUUUUUAGUUUCUUUUUGAUUAAUUUGGCCACAUUCAUCUGGAUUACAAUGUUAUUAUUGAGCAUUCUUUUGACACGAAUUCAUUUUGAUCGUGAAGGAAAGCAAGGCACCCGCUUGAAUGUCUGUGUGUAUGUUUUGGUGGGCGCGUAUAAAAACACCAAUUAUUUGUUACCAAUGGUCAGUUUUGAAAUUGAUGUGCAUUAACCAAGUUAAUUGAAGUGUAUAGUUCUGUAUUCUUUUGUGGAUAAUGUGAAGCAAUUAGCCAUUUAGAGUUUGACCAAAAAGUAUAGGUGUCUUUUUGAAAAGUAUGUUUUCUACAAAUCUUUUUAUUGCUACGGUGAUUUUUUGUGGUCGCAUUAGAGCCGAUGUGUCACAUCUUAAAUCAUUGGCCGGCUCAAUAAGUAACAAUCAUUUUCGAGGAUUUAAUGGAUAUAAUUAUAAUCCGCCAUCGCAUCAAUUACCCAGUCCAGCACCAAAUCCACCGACUUCAACAUUUCGGCCAGAAAUUAUCGUUAACAAAGCAGAGCCAUCAAAUACAUAUUUGCCACCAUCGACUGAAAGUCCGAUAGUGAUUCAUCCACCAGAUGACUUUGUUACAGACGGUUAUUUACCGCCAUUUCUCGAAGAAUUUCCACCUCUGCAAACUGAACCACCGCCCAAUUAUUUACCACCCGAAACUGUACCAGACAAUCAAUACUUGCCGCCGUCCGAUGAAACAAAUGAAGGCUAUCAAUACUCAAAGCCAAAACAAUCAAAACAUCUACGAAAUUCAAAUUUAUAUCUGAAUACGCGGUCGAGCCCUUUGCACAUAUCGGUGAAUAAUUUGCAGUGUUUGGAAGGGAAUGGUGGUUAUUUUCAGGCGAACAUUGGUGUACAGAGUUUCAUUGAAAAUUUACCGAUAAUCGAUUUGGACACAAUCGAUCCACGCUGUCAAUUACAUUUGGUUGGUGUUCGAUUGGUUUUGAGCAUAGCAAAUACCGAUUUUCAACGUUGCGGAAUUAUUGCAUGCGGUGCCAAAGAGCUUUGCGUCAAUUUAAGAUUUCCACAAAUUUUCGGUAUGAAAUCACUUGAUGACAGUUUGCUAACAUUGAAGUGUAAGAUACAAGAGAGAGUGGUUAGCCGAACUCAUGCGUUUAGAUUUGGUGUAUCGCGAACGGGCCAAGCAAGAAAUGCAGCUGUAUUUGCCCAUGGCGGAACGAAACAACAUCUUCGUACCCAGCUUGGAUUGUAUCGUCAAUCGGGUAGUGGAUUUACGAAAAGUUUAGAUGCCGGUGGCUUUGUUCAAUUGGGCGAAGAAUUAAUGCUUCGAGCUCAAGUAAAAGCUGGCGAUGGAUGGAAUGGUAGUAGAGUUGCAGACGUUUCGUUGCAACGACGUGGUUCAAGUGGUGAGAUUCUAAAUUCGGUGGCAUUAAUAAAAUCAAAUGGAUGCAUAAAUCCACAGAUGCAAUCGGUGUGCUCGGUACCGCCAGUAUUCGAACCACCGUUAGGCUAUCGUUUUGGUUUUCGUGCGGUCAUGUUUCAAGGUAUGAAAAGUGGCGAUGAAA